CAGAUUGGGUAAAAGAAAGAGUGCAUUUUCAAGUAGUUAUUAAUUAGACUCAAAAGGUAUUAAUUAAAAAAAUAUAUCAUAUAAUUUAUUAAUUAACGUGUACUGUAAUAUUGUUGUAAAGUAAAAUAAUCUUACAUAUUUCGUAAAUUAUAUAAAAACAAACACCAGAUUUGCAAAAACAAUAUAUAUUAUUUAUUUCUAUCCGGUAUAAUAAACGCCGCCAAAAUUAGUUACUACUCUAAAUACAACGGGAAUAUUUCCACCAUGGCUAAGCCAGUAUUAUAUUCGUAUUGGCGAAGCUCCUGUUCGUGGCGGGUUAGGAUUGCCUUGAAUCUAAAAGAAAUACCAUAUGAUAUAAAAGCUGUUAGUUUGAUCAAGGGAGGUGGAGAACAACACUGUAAUGAAUACCGGGAGGUAAACCCUAUGGAACAAGUACCGUCACUAGUUAUAGAUGGACACACAUUUGUAGAAUCACUUAGUAUAAUGCAUUAUUUAGAAGAAACAAGACCUCAAAGAGCUCUAAUGCCUCAAGAUUGUUAUAAGCGUGCAAAGGUUCGAGAGAUUUGUGAGGUCAUAUCAUCUGGCAUCCAGCCUCUCCAAAAUUUAAUUGUUCUAAUAUAUGUGGGUGAAGAUAAGAAAAAGGAAUGGGCCCAACAUUGGAUUAUGCGUGGUUUUAGAGCAGUGGAGAAGCUUCUAUCAUCCUGUGCAGGAAAAUAUUGUGUUGGUGAUGAAAUAACUCUAGCCGACUGCUGCCUUGUGCCUCAAGUGUUCAAUGCAAGAAGAUUCCAUGUAGAUCUUCGCCCAUUCCCAAUAAUUCUUCGAAUUGAUCGUGAGCUAGAGAAUCAUCCGGCAUUUCGCGCUGCGCACCCUUCCGCGCAGCCUGACUGUCCACCAGAAGAACAAGACACUCAUCACCGUCUUAAGUCCAGCAAGUGCUCGGGUGUAAGCAGUUUUCUGGCGACUACUGUAAAAAGAUUUUAAGAAACCUUCUGGGUUACCUCACCGAUAGGCCCAAAAACCUGACUAUAAUAGGCAAGGAGUCCCCAACUGCCAGUACCUGGUUUUUGUAGCCACUAAAUGAAGACAGGCCUGAUGACACUACUUCCCAUAAAUACUUUUCUUAAAUGCAUUUUAAUAGUUUUAUGUUCUGAAAUCAACGCUAUGGAAGUUUAUUUCUCCGUAAUUAUUAAUAACAAUUGCUUAAUGGUCAUCUGACAACAAUACAAAAAGUUGUAUUAAGAACGUAAAUAAUCUUCAUAAUGCAGAUAUAGUAAAUUUAUUGCUAUUGAUUUGUACCUUUAGAGUUCUGGGCUGUUUUAUCUGUAUAAUAUAUAUACAUAUACAAUACAAUUCUGUGUUUUUAGGCCAUGUUUUAAAAUUCUUAUUAUGUAUAUAAUUUGAACAUUCAAUUUGAAUAUAAAAUACGUCUAAUAUUGUAAUUAUUUUAACUAGAUGUUAUUUAUAAUAUUUGCUACACUUAUGUAAUUAAUGAUUAUUGUAGUAAUUGCUAUGUGAUUUGUCUUUAUUUGUUUUUUUAUGUGCCAUUCCAAAAGGAUUCAAUGCCUGAACUAGAUAUUCGUAA